CCGCAGCACUGGCGCUAUGGUGGGACCCCCCCUUCCAUAAACAGGGGUUGAGAUGUAGUUCUGUGCCCAAGGCGCAGGCCUCUGAGGGCCUCCUGCCUCUGGAAAUAGGCCCCAGGCUGCACUAGGGUGAUAAGCCAGGCUAUUUUCAUUACUUCCUUCUGCCUGCUUCUGCAGCAGCCACCUCAGCUGCAUCUCAUAGAGUUGCCACGCAGGCCUCAGCCAGGAGCUUUCAGGCCAGACAGGAGCACCCAACCCAAGGCCUCACAGCCAGCCUGCCACAUGCCUGCCUGGGGAGCCCUGUUCCUGCUCUGGGCCACAGCAGAGGCCACCAAGGACUGUCCCAUCCUGUGUUCCUGCCGCGCCCUGGAGACCAUGGGGCUGUGGGUGGACUGCAGGGACCGUGGGCUCACAGCCCUGCCUGCCCUGCCAGCACACACUCGCCACCUCCUGCUGGCCAACAAUAGCCUUCAGUCUGUGCCCCCAGGAGCCUUCGACCACCUGCCCCAGCUGCAGACCCUCGACGUGACGCAGAACCCGUGGCACUGUGACUGCAGCCUCACCUACCUGCGCCUCUGGCUGGAGGACCGCACACCCGAGGCCCUGUUUCAGGUCCGCUGUGCCAGCCCCAGCCUUGCUGCCGACAGCUUGCUGGGCCGGCUGACAGGCUACCAGCUGGGCAGCUGCGGCUGGCAGCUGCAGGCAUCCUGGAUGCGCCUGGGGGUCUUGUGGGACGUGGCGCUGAUCGCUGUGGCUGUGCUGGGCCUGGCUCUCCUGGCUGGCCUGCUGUGUACCACCAGAGAGGCCCUGGACUGAGCCGGGCCCCCAGAACCCCUGGCCCCAGGCCAGGGGGCCAGUCCCUGAGGCAGAUCCCCAGACUCUAACAAGCCUGGUCACCCCCAACUGCUAGAAGCCCAAAAUAAACUGGCAGCUCAGCCAUUUUAUAGAAG